UUGCAUUCAUGUUUCUCUAAUGCUAGGAUAUCAGUGUCUAUUACUAAUAUAUUUGGUAAUGCUGAUGCCAUGGCUGCUGUCAUAUGGAGCGUUUGUCUGGCUACUCUUAUCCUCUCUGUUAUGUUAAUGGUCCAGAAAAUACUCUCAUUCUCUGAAGUGAUGACCUCUUGGAUUGAAGGAGUGAAGGAUGUCAUUGAGCUGUUGUUUAUCCUUGUUCUUGCUUGGGCACUAGGCAGUGUCAUUACUGAGACUCAGACUAGUAAUUUCAUUGCUCAGGUACUCCGUUCUGGUAAUAUUUCUGCUGAUUAUGUUCCAGUGAUAACAACCAUCAUUGGAUACUUCAUGGCCUACUGCACUGGAUCAGCAUUUGGCACAAUGGGAAUAUUGUUCCCACUGGUUAUUCCAACAGUCUGUCAUUUGACUGAGGAUCCUGACAUUCAAGUACAAGCUGCUGCGGCCAUCCUGUCUUCUUGCAUAUUUGGAAAUUUGAUGUCUCCUAUUGCUGAUCUCACUGUCCUCACUCGUGUGUCUACUCAGUGUGACCUCAACUCUCACAUCAAGACCUUGUUAAGGAAAGUGAGAAAAUUAAUAUGA